GAGGAGGGGUGACUCAAGAUUGGCAGUCACGACACACUGUAGAUUGAGUCACUUUCAGAGGAGCGGUACUUCGGUCGUUUGCCCCCAUUUCCCUCCGACCAAUCACCCAAAGCCGACCGCAACACCCAAGACCCAUUGCCAAGACUUUCCGCCUCGAUAUCGCCAAGGUCAAACGUCCAUAAUAAGAGCGAGCACGACACUCGAUUUACAUAAACUCGUCAUUCCUCUCUUCGAACGAUACAUGAUUUCUCCCCUUUGCUCAUUUGGGAAUCGAAAUCUACGAAUCGACAGUAUUUACGGUUGCUGUUGUCAGAGAUUCGAGGAAAACACAGCUACUGUGCUCGAUUAUUCCACAAAGAUCCUAUAAAAGCGAAUCAUUUCCCGUUUAGUACCACUGUCUUAAUCCUUCCAAGGUUUAGUCACAUGCUGCUGAGCUUGGACCCUUCUGUUACCUAGGUGUCAUCCACGGCCGAGAAAAAGGAGAAUAAAAAUAAGUUAUUUUUUUUCGUUCUUGGGCCGAGAAUUAUCCGUACGGAUCAAAUUUUUCUCCCUCUGAACAGGCCAUUACGCGUUGAUUGGUUGGAAUCAAUCCACUGUUCCUCCCGCACUGCGCCUUUUCGGCCAACUUCAUCACGUGCGAAAGUCACGUGCAUACCCCCCUAUUAUACCCCUAUCCAUUUUAUUAUUGCAAUAGAAGCUCGAGGUUGGAGCCAUGUCGGCAGCGCCCGAGAACUCGAUCCAGUCGGGAGGCGAAAGCUCCAAUUCCAAUGGAACCACACCGGCGCCUUCGACUGCAACAACUGCCACCUCCCAAUCCAGUGCUCCGGCGUCAGAUGAUUCCCUCCAAUGCCGAUGGACUGGCUGCAGCGACAAGUUUAACUCGGCCGAGACUUUAUAUGAACAUAUUUGCGAGAAGCAUGUUGGACGCAAGAGCACAAACAACCUCAACUUGACCUGCCAGUGGAAUCAAUGCAAAACCACCACGGUUAAACGUGAUCAUAUAACCUCGCACAUUCGUGUGCAUGUUCCUCUCAAGCCACAUAAAUGUGACUUCUGUGGCAAGUCAUUCAAGCGUCCGCAGGACUUGAAGAAGCAUGUCAAGACACAUGCUGAUGACUCUGUCCUGGUUCGCUCGCCGGAUCAGCAUGGAUCUAUGAACGGUGGCUACCGCCCUCAGGGCAAAGCUCCAUCCAGUUAUUAUGAUCAUAAUGGUCAAAUCCGUACUAACUCGGCCGCCUUCGGUCAGCCGCCGCACGCUGCCGGCCACCCAAGUAGCUACUAUCAGCAUCACGCCCAGACUUCCUUUAGUCAGCCCAUGUAUUACCAGACUAUGGGUGGUCGCACUGAUCACAUUGGCUACCAGGCUGCUCCCGAGUAUGACAGCCGUAAACGCACCUACGACGUGCUAAACGAGUUCUUCGGUGAUGCCAAACGUCGCCAGCUCGACCCUAACUCGUACAACCAAGUUGGACAGAGACUCUUGCCCUUGCACGGAGUCCUUCCCAUUCACUCAGGCUCCCUUGGUGCUGAGUAUGUAUCGGCUCCGGGUGUUAUGGCUGUCGAGGCCCCUGCUCAUGGCCCUUACCAGCAGCAUUACUCUCUACCGCCUAUGCCUAAUCUUCGUACUAAGACCGACCUCAUUCAGCUCGACCAAAUCCUUGAGCAGAUGCAGAGCACGGUAUAUGAGAACUCAAACACAGCAGCUGCUGCUGGAGUCCACCAGGCGGGAGCUCACUACACGCCCCUGAACCUCCGCCCUAGCCAGAGCCCGCCGCACUCUGCGGCGCAACAACCCAUGCCUAAUGGCGCAUACUCGGCCGCACAUGUGGCUUCGCCUCUGACGGCUGUCUCAUCAACACACUCCAACGGUACCCCUGCUGUGACACCGCCAUCGAGCACGAUGUCGUACACUUCAGGCCACUCUCCAAGUGCCUCUUCGUCUGGCCUGUCUCCCUCAACGCGACACAGCUCCACGUCAGCAUUAUACCCGACGCUUCCGGCAGUCACAUCAGGUUACCCCGGCCAAUCUGCCACCUCAACCCUAGGCCCAACCUUCGACACAGAUCCCCGCCGACGUUAUUCAGGCGGCAUGCUCCAGCGCGCCAGCGCCGGCCCCCGACCCCACAUCGAACGCGAGUCAUCGACCACGCCGCGUCCCUCGGAGUCCGCGAUCUCGGCAGUCAGCUCGCCGUCCGCAGAGUCGGAGGCCAGUGCCGAGGCGCGAGAAGACCAGAACUACGAGAACUGGCUCGAGAACAUCCGCGUCAUCGAGUACCUGCGCGAGUACGUGAUCGACCGCAUCAAGCGCAAGGAGUACGAUGCCGACAGCCCGGCGUCGAGCUCCAGCGACAUGGACGUCGACUCGCCCACGCGCCCGCCCAGCCAGCCGGCGUAUCCGGCGCUGCCCUUGUAGGAAGGGGAUCAGAGCGACUUUCAAGAGGAUAAUUCGUACUUUUGGGUUGAUGCAGACGGCUACAUACGUAUUUAAUACGGUGCGGGCGAUGACUUUGUAUUCGAGACUCCACGAUUUGGAGCGAGCUGCUUAUGCUUUGAUUGAUGAUGACGCGAGAAUUUCGAUGGUUGGGGUGUACAUACGGGAAGGGAAGGGA